AUGUACGGUGACUCUCUUCGUCUAGUGGGUAAAGCUCUCGAAGAAGCCCAGGGUAUCUUUCAGUGUGAACAUUGUAUCGCAAUUUUAUGUUUGUCAGCAACUAAUAUUGUAAUCCCACAAUCAAGGUCUGAUUGGGCGACGCAUGCGAAGGGUGUCGGGGCUAUGAUCGAACGGCUCGGACCGAAGCCGUUUAGUACUGGUAUCCUGCAUACGCUAUUCAUUGGCUUCCGGCCUCUACUAUUGAUCAGUUCGAUUCACAACCGCCGUAAAACAUUCCUUACACUCAAGGGAUGGACUACCACACCCUUCCAAGAAGUACCCGUCUCGAUUAUGCAACUGCUUUUCAACAAAGCUACUCAACUUCCGGCUCUUCUGGAAAGAUAUGACACUCUAGGAGACCUUUCCAGCCCAUCCAAACUGGUCGCGAUGCAACAACUCCGGAAUGGCUUCUUAUACAUGAUCAAAAGUCUUGGGGAGUGGGAACUUUCCGCAAAAGCACAAGCAAACUUUCCCUUGGUUUGGCCAAAACCCGAUUCUCCGUGCAAAGAAUCCUGUGACAGGAAGCCGCUGUGGUUCGCCAAUGUUCUGGUUGCUAGCAGCCUCACCCAUUGUUGGGCUUUCGAGAUCGUCGCAAGGACACACCUUGACGAUGUCGACGAAGCGAUGGCUACGAUCGAUGGUUGCAAGCGUAAAGCAAUUCCUCGGUGCUCUGGUUCCGCCAAUGGCGUGGGUGAAGAUCCGAUCUCAAUUCUGGCUGAAAGGAUCUGCGAUAGCAUGCCGUACUUCCUGCAACCAGAACUGAAGAUAUACGGGCCAGCUUCUACCUUUUUCACCUUCUUGACGGCUAUGAAGGUCUUCAAGAGCAAGAAAACUUACUGCGCGUCUCGACUGUCUCGCUGCCAGGAGACACUCGGUCGGCUGGCUAAUAUCGGCAUCCACUUUCCACCUCCAUGA